AAUUUUAUUUUUAUAAUUAAGUAAAUUUUGCCAAUAUUUGGCAAACAAAUUUAUUCGACAAAUAUUUACGUUGCGUUUGGUUAAAUUUGCGUAUGAGCACGUUUUGUUAUAUUUUCUUUCACUUUUUAUUGUUUUAGUUCACUGAAAUCAUUACUUUCAAAUAACUUUGAAUAGCUUGAUUCUCAAUUCAAUUUUAUUCAAUGCAGUAUUAGAUUUCUUAUUAAACAAAUCUUACAUGUAGACUUCGAUUUGUCGAAAAUGUGUUUUCUUCAUCUUUUUUUGUUCUAUAAAAAUAAAGUAUAUAUUUUGAUAUUAUGAAUAAAUAUUUCAUUCGAGAUCAACAUUAAAAGUACCAGUGUCUCCUAAGCCAAAAUAAAGUUUUACACAUAUAAUUUUUGUAAAAAUUGAACACAAACGAUUUGAUUCAAAUUUCUCUCUACAAAAAAAUAUAUCUUCUUAAUUGUUGAUAAUAAAAAACGAGAUGUCUGCAGUAACAUUGUCGCAAAUAGUUUUAUGUUUUGCAAUUAUUUUAAGAAAUACGAAACUUAUAUAAUGCAAAACUAAUAAUACGAAUAUCGUUUACCAACUGACACUAUAGGUUUAAUCUGUUUGAAAAAUGUAUUAUCGUAAUAAACAUCGCUGUACUAUAAGGUAGAUCCACAGUUGUUAUCGCGCAAUAUACGUUAAGCCAUCGGAUCGCUUUAGUUAUCCACCUGCUGACACGCCGAAUAUAUCUUCUAUUUUCUCAUUAGCAUCAUUGUCAUUCUUCAUACGACACUCAUCGCGAUUGCGCACCUGAUGCUGGUCCGUCACUAGGUCGACGUCGCGUUAAAAAAAAAGUACCGAGAGUGUGACACUGGAUUUCUAUUAAAUAUCUUUUAUAAACUUUCGUUUAUUUCUAAACAAGCAUAAUCGCUUGCGUAAAUACAACUCCAUAUCUAUAUUUAUUCAUCUUAAUCUUUCACGCGAUGGGAAUGGCAGUGCAACAAACUUUUCUAGUCGCGCUCCUCUUCGUACACGUACAUUUUUCGCGUGGCUUUACGGAAGACGACGAUGCUUGUUAUCGUUCGCGCGCCGACGAUAGUCCCGAGUGCGAUUUUACAAAAAGUCGUCUCGUCUGUUUUAACGGUCUUAAAGAUGAAUGGAGAGCGAGGGCCGGAAGCGUGCACGUACUUAUUCUUUGCGCAUGGCCGAGGGCAACGUUUGACCCGCAGGAGAUUCUACGGGGAUUCACAGUCUUACGAAAUUUAAUGAUCGCCAACAGUAACUUAACGCGAUUGUCCGCCGCAUUUCCGAGCGAGAUGCAAUUUCUGGAGAAAAUCAAUGUGACCGGGACGAAACUGCGCUUCCUACCGAAGGAUGCGUUCUCUAAUCUGCGGACUUUGAGAUGCCUCGAUUUAAGAAACAAUGCUCUCGAAGAGAUCAGUAUUAGGGCUUUCAACGUACCUACGUUGGAACAUAUUUAUCUGACUGGUAAUCCAUUGAGAUGUACGGAAGAUGUAGCGUGGAUUUUGGACCCCAGUGAAGGAUCAGCUGCGAGUAAAGUCGUCGACAAAGACAAAUUACUUUGCGCCACGCCGUAUGAUGGAAGACCGCUUGUCCCAAUCGUCGAGAUAAUCGCGACAUUGAAAAAGGAAUGCAAAAAGACUGUUUGUGACUGCGAAUUAAUUUACGUGGCUGUACGUGCGGGCAAACUUAUGCAGAGGCAGCUUAUAGCUUUUAUCUCGGUCAAUUGUAGCCAUCGCGGUUUGACGGAAAUGCCCCAAUUUUUACCCGCGGAUACGACGUCCCUUCGUCUAAGUGGAAACAAGAUCCAAGACCUAACUCCGCUUGCGACAAAUCCCGCUUACAAGUCCGUCCUGGACCUCUACAUAGACGAUAAUCUGAUAGAAUCUAUCGCUCGGCUGGAGGGAUCAGACUGGCUGGACCAUUUCCGACUUCUUAAUCUUCGAGGAAACAAACUUACCGAUCUGCCUACUUAUGCUCUGGAGAACGCGUUGCUGCACAAUGGCAACGUGGCGGGUCUGCAUCUCGGCAAUAAUUCGUGGACGUGUGACUGUCACUUUACACCGAGCUUUCAGGAUCUCUUGAUUAGACACUCAAAUAUAAUAAAAGAUAUCAACGACAUUAGAUGCGGUUUUAUAAGUGACAGUGAUAACUCAAACAAACAGAUCCGUGAUCUUACGCGGACAGAGAUCUGCAUUUCACCGAAAGAAGAUUCUUGGCUUCAUCCCCUCGACGUUUUGAACAUCGUAUUGGCGUCAUUAAUAUUCCUCGUGCUUGGCAAGCUUUUGUAUGAUUACUGGUCUUUUAAGAAAACCGGAAAGCUACCUUGGAUCGUUGCCAAAAUACCAUGAUAGCGGUACAAGUGUCUCUUAUCUUUUACAAGAGAGCGAUCGAGAGUUCGAUCGUUAGAGUAACAAAGGAGAUUACGAAGAGAUGAAUAUAUUUGCAUAUAUUUUUACUUCAAAAGUCUCCAGCACAUACUUUUAUUUUAAAAACCCAGCGUAUUAAUCUUGAAUUUUUAAUUAAACCUUUUCAACAUAAAUUAUAAAUGACAAAAAGAUAUACGAAUAUGUAUUUAGAUCAAAUAAAAAAUUUUAAUUAUGUAAAA